AUGGUAGCCAGGUCCCGAAAACUUAUCAGAGGAUUUUUAAGAGCUUCUUUUCUGAUUUUCCUCUUCAGCCUGGGAGUUAUCAUUUUUGGACGCCCUUUAUGCUCACUGUUUUCAGUUGAUCAACGUUCUUCAUACCUUUUUAUGAUGUAUUUCACUGUAGAAAAAUUCAACCCUAAAGAAAUCGGCAAUUUGGCUCUAUGUUUUUUGCUGACUCCUCAGUAAAACAAUUGUUUCGCGAGUUGCGGCACACAGUUCACUUGUCUUUGGCGUGA